UCGAGGCCGUUCCGUCAGUGUUUUCAGACGCCCAGGGAUCGCGGCCGCUUGGGCCAGUCUUCAGCUUGCACAAUUACAGGCUGCAGCGAAAGGAUGAUCGGAGCUCUGGAAAAGGUGCUGUGUGUGAGGAACAAUACUGUUUUUAAGCAAGCCUUUUCUCUCUUAAGGUUCAGAACUUCAGGAGAGAAUCCCAUCUGUUCUGCAGGUAGCAUUCUGCUGAGUACCAGUCGUCACUACAAGACAAAGCCAACCCAUGGCAUUGGAAGAUACAAGCACCUAGUUAAAGCACAAGAGCCCAAGAAGAAGAGGGUAAAAGUGGAAGUGAGACCCAUCAAUCUGGGGACAGAUUAUGAAUAUGGGGUUUUAAACAUUCACCUGACUGCAUACGACAUGGCGGUGGCAGAGAGUUAUGCCCAGUAUGUUCACAACCUCUGUAACCAUCUCUCCAUUAAAGUCGAGGAAAGUUAUGCGAUGCCCACCAAAACCAUGGAGGUGUUGCGGCUGCAGGACCAAGGCAGCAAAAUGUACCUGGACUCAGUUCUUACAACCCAUGAGCGAGUAGUUCAGAUCAGCGGUUUGAGUGCUACGUUUGCAGAGAUUUUCUUGGAAAUAAUCCAAAGCAAUCUUCCUGAAGGAGUCAAAUUGUCAGUGAAAGAGCACACUGAAGAGGACUUCAAGGGAAGGUUCAAAGCUCGGCCAGAACUGGAAGAACUGUUAGCCAAGUUGAACUAGCUCAUUGCAGACCCUUUCAUGCCAGCACUGGUGACAUUGAGUGCCAAGGGGAAGAGCUUCCUGGGUGGUCCAAGUUAAGCAGCAGCCCCUCACCCUUAGAUAUGAUAAGUACCCAUCGCCACAGCCAGGAAUGCCUCCUCUCCUCUGUGGAGGAGUGCUUGCCAAUUGUCACCACUUUCCUUUGAGCCAACCCUAGGUAUCCCCCAUCUAAUAAAAAUCUGCUGCUGA